GAUCGGGUGCCCUCCCCUCCGGUACCUCGUGAAUUGCGGCGCCUCGCAGAGCCGUGGAAACAUACAAAGAGUAUCCCGGUCACGUGGCCGGGCGAGCGAUCCAGUUUUGCAGCUUUGUUGCAUCGGUGCAAUUGCACACCCGCCCGGCCUUUUGCAUUCUCGUUUUUGCUAGGCACGGCCUCUUCCUCCGUUCAGCUCCUCCUUUCCCACUGCCACCAUGAUGGCAGACUCGCUCCGGCUGCCUUGUGCACCCCGAUUUCUGAUAUCUCUAGCUGUAGCUGCAGGGGUGAUGAGGACUGCGUCCUCCGAGGCUGCCGCAGGGGAUGCUCCGCCUGGCAAAAUAGCUGUGAUAGGAGCUGGGAUUGGUGGCUCCUCAGUGGCCUACUUUCUGCAACAGCAUUUUGGGCCACAGGUGCAGCUGGAUGUGUAUGAAAAGGACACUGUCGGCGGUCGCCUGGCCACAGUCACUGUCAACAAACAGCAGUAUGAAAAUGGAGGUGCCUCCAUCCACUCCCUCAAUUUGCACAUGCAAGACUUCAUUAAACUGCUGGGACUGAAGCACCGUCGAGAAGUGGCUGGGAAAAGUGCAGUCUUCAAUGGGGAGCAGUUUGUCCUGGAGGAGACAGACUGGUACCUCUUGAACCUCUUUCGACUCUGGUGGCACUACGGCAUGAGCUUCUUGCGUCUACAGAUGUGGGUGGAGGAGGUAAUGGAGAAGUUCAUGAGAAUCUACAAGUACCAGGCUCAUGGCUAUUCAUUCUCUCGCCUAGAGGAACUCUUACAUUCACUGGGUGGUGAUGCCUUUGUCAACAUGACUCAGCGCUCCGUGGCAGAAUCCCUGCUGGAGGUGGGCAUCACACAGCGCUUCAUUGACGACGUCAUUGUGGCCAUUCUGCGUGCCAGUUAUGGCCAAUCCGUACUGGUGCCUGCAUUUGCAGGAGCCAUGUCACUAGCAGGAGCACAAGGCAACAUGUGGGCUGUGGAAGGUGGCAACAAGCUGGUGUGCUCAGGUUUGCUGAAGUUAACCAAAGGCAACGUAAUUCAGGCCACUGUGACUGCGAUCUCCCUGCACAAUUCAGGAGGAAAAAACUUCUACCAAGUGCACUAUGAGGAUGAAGAAGGCCAAGGUUCCAGUUUCUAUGACAUAGUGGUCAUUGCCACACAACUGCAUGAUAAGAAAAGCAACAUCACCUUUCAGAACUUUGACCCUCCUGUUGCUGAGUUUCCAGGCACUUUUCACACUACGAUCACCUCCAUAGUCCAUGGCUAUCUCAACUCCUCUUAUUUUGGCUUUGGUGAUCCAAAGCUCUUCCCUUUCACCAGUGUCCUCACCACAGACACUCCAGCCCUCUUCUUCAAUUCCAUGGAUAAUGUUUGCCCUGUCAACGUAUCUGGUACCUUCCGACGGAAACAACCCCAAGAGGCUGCUGUGUGGAGAGUGCACUCCCAGAAUCCCCUGGAAAAGCAGGAGCUGAAGAUGCUGUUCCGUUCCUAUUAUUCUGUCCAGGUGACAGAAUGGCAGGCAAAUCCUUCUUAUGAAUCUUCCAAGACUCUUCCACCCAUUAUUCUCCAUGACAACCUCUACUACCUCAACAGCAUAGAGUGGGUAGCCAGCUCAGUGGAAAUGGCUGCUGUGGCAGCCAAAAAUGUGGCCCUCUUAGCUUACAACUUCUGGUAUCAUGACCUAGAUAAGAUAGACCAGAAAGACCUGAUGCACAAAGUAAAGACUGAGCUGUGAAUCUAGCAGGCACUGCUGGAGGAGACUUUCAGGAUCGUCUCCUUUAUUGGAUGCAGGGUGGGUUGAACGGAUACCCUGGGCUUUUAACAGAGAGAUGACUGGAGGGUUGGAUAUAUAUCCCUGUGAAUUUAUUUGCAAGUGCAUUCCAUUCUCUUUUGCAGAGAGUGCGCUAAUGGCAAUCCUUUGCUGGAGACUAUCGAUUCCUGGAAAAAUCUUAGAAGGCAUCUAAGCCAGUUACAAUUGAACCACAUCUAAGCUGAUUCCUGGUUGAGAAGUGGGACUGGUUUCUUCUUCAGGAAAACAAUACUCAGUUGCCUGCUGCUGAGCCACAGUCAUGUAUUGCCUAUUGUACAUCACUUGGCAAGCUUCACCUUUGCAAAGAAACUAUGUGAAGAUCGGAUCUCUUAUUUCCCUACACAACAGCUGCAGUCCUGAUUCCCAGCUGCUUUCUGCUUAACUCCCUUCAUGUGGCUAGGCUUCUGUGCUAAAGGGAAUGGCGCUUUUGAGUAGGAGCAUAUGUCUGAUAACAGAUCUUGUAGCUCCUUGACUGUACUGCCAUGCCAAGCAACGUAAUCCUUUACCAAUUCCCACAAGCUUGCCUUUAAUUGUGGUCAGCGAGAGCCCUGACUUAGGUGUUUAGGUACCUUCAAAAACUCAGGUCUGAUGUCUCCUGCCUGUGCAAAUGUGGACGAAUGUGAACGUGCCUCCUACUGUCUGUACCUAUAAAAACUGCAUAACCACUGCCCUGAUAACAUCCAAUUGCUGCAACUAAUGGCUGGUCUAAUGUUGCUUUCCCCUAUGUGCAUCAUGGAAAAAGAUAUUGUUGCUGUUUCUGGGAAAACUGGGCAUUUCCCCUUCCCAGAUGUAAGUGAUAAAAUUAAUUUUUUAUUGUCUCUUGGCUAGGAGAAAAUACUGCACAUAGAUUAGAAAAUGUUAGGACUGGGAGCUACAUUUCAGUGGUGUGGCUCAGCUGAUUCUAUAAAUCUGGAGUUGGGGGCUUGUCUGCUCCUUUCAUGCCGUUAGUCAUGCCAUACUUACUUGAAACAGUAAACAGCUUUUGCAGUAAAUGGGUAACUUGGGGCAAAUGCCACAAAGCAGUCAGGAUCCAUUCUUAGAGUCUGGAGAAGAAGGCUGUUGACAGAGCCAUCUGCUGCCUUCUACAGGGAUUUGUUUUUUUUUUAAAUCAGGCUUUGAGAAAAGAAUCAAGUACUUACAAAAUAAGGUGAGGAAUUCACUUUAUUGUUACACAGCAAGACUGUUUCCUGAGUACAAUAAUUGGCCACUGAAUUCCUCCUGUUUCCAUUGUAGAGGCAGGACAGGAAAGGCUGGCCAUGUGACUCUCAACCUUCAAUAAAGUUCCUUAACUGUGUACUUAAAGUACUUAUUGCUAUUCUAGGAUGGGCGAAGAAACUGAAGUGCACUCGAGGCUACUAAUUUAUUUUCAGUGGUGUUCUGAAGUUCCGACAAAAGUCAGUCCUUUGAAAAUAUAUUUACUUUAUUAUAUCAUUCUUUCCUGGUUUGUUUAAUAGAUACUUUGAUAUUGACUUCCACAAGCUGGAACCAAUACUUCCUUCAUCUUAACAAAGCCUUUGUGUUCUUGUAAAACUGCCUUAUAUUGAAUCAGGUUAAUGGUCCAUUGCCUGCUUAGAUUGCAAGUGACUCUCCGAAGUCUGGGGGAAAGAUCUGUCUCAGUUCUCUCGAGAUCCUUUAGUGGGGCAAGCUAGGCAUUGAAUCUUGGACCUUCUGCAAAUGAUUUGCUCUGAGCUAUGCCCAUUUCUCAAUUUGCCCUGAGCUAUGCCCUGAGCAAUGCCCUGAGCUAUGCCCUGAGCUAUGCCAGAGCAAUUUGCCCUGUGAGCAAGCACAGCCUCUUUUCCCACACUGGCAGGAAAGGCAGGGGGUUGGGGAUGAUCAAGAAACUGAAUGGCCUACUAUUUUUUGACCUUCAGGAGUCAAUGCAGAUAGACAGCGGUUCUUACAGAAGGGUUUUAUUUUUUCUGUUUCCAUCAGAGUCAUAAAUGACCUCUUGGAAUCUUGAUGUUAUUCUGGUCUAAGUUGUGUUACAGUUUAUUAAGGUCUCCAGAAUCCAAAUGCAAAAGCCACUUGUAAGCGGAGUGGUCAGCACCCACAACGAUGAUCUUCAGAAAAGCAAAACCACCUGUUAGGCAGAAUUACACAACUGAGCCCUCUGCAUUUAUGAUGCAGGCCUUCCAGCUUCUCCAUCAACCAUGUGCCCAAGACAGUUCUUCUCUGCUAUACACCUGAGCAUGCAGGUAUGCCAGAUAGAACAGCUGGCAGUGGAAAAUGUGUGACUGGAUUCAUUUCAUGAGCUAAAUUCAAGUCCAGUAGCAUGUCAGACACCAACAACAGUUCCAGGGUAUAAGCUUUUGAGUCAAAGCUCCUUUCAUCAAGUACAAUCUGAGCUUUGACUUUCAGGGCUUUGGCUGUCUAAAGCGUAUCCUUGAAAUGUUGAUCUUUAAGAUACUACUGAAUGUGAAUCUAGCUCCUCUACUGCAGACCUACACCAUCUACCCUCUGAAAAUAUCAUGAGCUAUUGUAAAAAACACAAUUACAGAGGCCUGUCUUAUGGACUCAGAAGCAUAAUGACUGGGGUAGUGAAACCUCUGUAUAAGUUCCUAAGUGAUUGCUUGCAGUGUGUGUGAGGCAGUGCCAGGCUAUCAGAGGGUGAUGGGAGAAAAGGGUCCUGUCCGAAGCAGUUUUGGUUUCUGAAAAAGCACAUGUGCAUGCACUUCCACCUUGCCUCAUUGUGACAGUAAAAGGAGCAAGGAAGAGAGCAUAGCUCACCAGCUGGCAAGAGAAGGAGACCAGGCAGAUGGGAGCAGAAGGCCCUGCUGCAAGGAUGGCAGAAGAUCUGCCCAUUGUAGGUCCUCAAAAAAUGCAAGUGCAACCUACAGCAAUGGUCUCCAUGACCAUUUUGUACUCUUUAUGACACUUUUUCUUCUUCCUGUGAGUUUUGCUUCGCUCACAUAGCAGACGGCGCACUGGGAUUUUGCUGUAGAUGGGAAUACUGACCAGGGUACGGUCUUCCUGCAUGGUGAAGGGAUUGAUGCAUCCUGCACAUAGGCAGAGUGCCUCUGGAAUGUCGACUGGGAUUCGCGCUGCAUCAUGGUUAAUCCUGAAAUAAUAUAGAUUGUGUUGACAUGAGAAUAUGCAUGCUCGUUUUAGAUGGGUAGUAAAGACAGGCCACAUUGGUACAAAUGGCUUUGGAAAAUGGAAUUGCAACAACCUCCCACUGAGGCACCUCCUAAUGUACCAUAAAGUAAACCUUCUGAAAUUCUGUGUCUUCCUAGAGAGAUCAGUGAUAUGUAGCUAGAAGAUUACACUAAACUUUUGCAGCAUGCAUGACUAAACCUUUGCAGCAAGCAUGACCUUCACAGUAUUCACAGUAUAGUGAAUAGUAUUUACAGUAUUCACAGUAUAGUGCUAAGGAUUCCUAGGGCAGUACCACAGUAUGAUUUGACAAUAAAUGAUCUGAACAUCUUUUGCCUUGAAAACCCUAUAGGUCACCAUAAGUAGGCUACGAUUUGACAGCAAAAAAAAAUGCACUCAGGAUUGUGGUGACACAUAAAAGACCGUUUGGUGGUCUCCUGAAAAUAAUCAGAAAUGUGUGUGCCAGUGGUGGGUUUCUGUAGGUUUUUGCAGUUAUCAGUUUGGAUAACAUCCUGUUUUUCAAAUGAUGUACUAGCAUCUACUUCCACUGUUAAAACUACAGAAAGGGAUAUGUGUAUUAAAACAUGUUACUGUGGUUAAUUAAACCAUGGUUUGAUCAAACCCUGGUCAGUUAUGGUAACUGAAUGGAGAUGCUUGGCAUAAAACUGGGAUUUCAAACUAGAGUUUGUAGCUGGUUUAUUAGCCCUAAUUUAUACCCUUCUAUAUUAGCCCUAAUUGUUGUCUUGACAGAAUUUACAAAACAAAGUUUCAGUAGACUACCUGGCCAGAGAGAACACAGUGUAUGGAAGAUGUUCUCCUUGUUUCGAGGCAGACAUGAAACAAGAAGCAGACAAACUAGUUGGCCUGCUAGCAUUCACUGUACUUCAUAUACUUCUGGGUUCUUCAGAAUUUUAGGGUUCUUGAAAGAAGCAUAAAAUGACAUGGCUGACCCAUGCAGGAAAACAGCACAUACAUUAACUUUUAACAGUACCACAGGAGGAGUCAGUAUCACAGAAUUAAGCCACUAAUAAAGCCGCAGUAUUUUCUUGGUUCACUCUCUAGGUUAGCCAGUGUUAAAUAUGAAAAUGAAGUAGUGUAAAGAAAUGAGUAAGCUUCUUUCUGAGUGAUGUGAACAUACUUAAGGGACAGGACACACAUGCCCCAGCUGAAAGCUAACCUCUGAGUAGGCUCCAUCUUCAAUUGGUUAAAAACAUAUUGUUAGUUCCACAGCUAUAAUUAAUGUUUACAGUUUAUUACCAGUUGUCCCUAUUGAACUAAUGGCAUUGCCUGCUCAACAACUGGGGUGAUUUUUGGCAUAUGCAACUGAAUUUCUGAUAAUGCCAACAAGUCAUUAUCAGUAACAUCUAUGUACAGUUGCAUCCAAAGUUUUCAAGAGGUUACAGACUAUAAAUCACAUCCACUCUGACACCUUUAGUGUCCCUGAAUGAUUCCUCAGAUUAUCUGGAAAGGAGUCUAUCCAGGCUAAUCACUUUAUUCAUGUACACAGGGCCUAGAGGCUCCCAAGCAGGCCCAAAAGCAUUCCAGGUCCAUUUUAUUUAUUUUGUUAGAAUAUUUCUAUGCUGCCUCUUCAAACUGCUGCUCAAAAUAACAUACAAUUAUAAAAAAGCAAUAAAAAUAAAUGCUUGUUAAAGGAAGCAAGCUACUAAAAACAAGCUUGCAGGCUUCUGCAAAUCCCAGUUCACCCCAACAUGGACUUGGGUGUCAUUGUCCCUACAUCAAAUCCAACACUAACAUCAGAAAUUAACUGGAUUUCAACACAGGCCUAGGCUACAAUAAUAGUUCACUUUAAUCUAAAAUGGCAUUCUCAUUUCCCCCAGUUCCAUUUCAACCUUUUGGCACCAGACUAGAAAUUUAAGAGAAGUUCCCCAGAAAAAAGGUGUAACGUAGCAUAAGAGAAGCCAGUGUUAUUAUCCCCCAAUGUGUCACACAAACAUCAUGCUAGGGUUGCCAGCUCUAGAUUGGGGAAUACCUGGAGAUUUUAGGAGAGAAGCCUGAGGAGGGUGGGGUUUGGGGAGGAGAGGGAUUUUCGUGGAGUUUAAUGCCAUAUAUUCCACCUUCCAAUGCAUUCAUUUUCUCCAAGUGAACUGAUUCUGUUGCCUGAAGAUCAGUUGUAAAAGAAGGAGAUCUCCACCCACCCACUGGAGGUGGGCAAUCCUAUUUGAGCCCUGCUGUUUCUACACCUAAUCCAUCACUGAGAUCAGGGGUUAACAGUGCCAAGGGCAGGUAAGGGAACCAGACUGGAUUCUGUAGCUUAUAGCUUCCUGUCAGUAAACAGGAAUGAAGUGGAUCUUAAUCAGAUAUAGGGUUCAGAUCUGCUUGAUAAACUCUUCUAAAAUCCUCAGGUAUCUCCAAAUCUGGAGUUGGCAACCCUACCUCCAUUGCAGAGGGAAUGGUUAUCAUGUUAUUGGUUUUGUACCCAGAUUGUUUGAAUAACAUGCUGGAAAGCAAAUGAAGCAAGGUUUCAACUUUCAGCUUAUACAGAAGGGCUCCUAAGGUGUGGUUUUAUUAUGUGUAUUUUCAAUUGGUUCUUAAUUGCCUUGUGGUUUGUAAGAGGGCAAAAAUGUGAGGCAUAAAUUUUGUGCAGCAAAUACAUAAAAA